AUGGAGCAGGCGGUUUUGGAUGAGGGAAAGGAGCCUUCUGUUGCUGCAAAUAAAUCCUUCGCCUCCAUUGUUGGUUCUGAUACCGAAGCUUCUGCAAAAGUGACCGCCCCAACUGAUCAAAUACCACACAAAUCUUAUGCGAAUGUGGUAGGUUCAAACACACCGAUGGUGGAUGAACUGCCCGACCCUGUUCAUGCAGGGAAUUCGACCAAGGUGAUCAUCCCCCAGGAGGCUUACGAGGAUAGAUUACUAAAAUAUCGAUUUGCCCUGAUUGGUAGAAUCAAUUUUCGUUUUCUUUCCCUGGAUGAUGUUCGCAGAGAAGCCCGUGACUCUUGGAAACUGAAAGGUAAAGUGAAGAUGAUACCCAUGGGUAAGGGCUUCACGAUCUUCCAAUUUGAGUCUGAGUAUGACAUGGCCCAGAUGUGGAAGCGAAGCCCUGUGAAGAUUGGAGGUCAACUCGUUCGGUUUCAAAGAUGGUGUCCAGAUUUUAGCAUCCAUGAAAAAUUGAUCAAUAAGGUCCUGGUUUGGGUGCGAUUUCCAGAUCUUCCUCUGGAAUAUUGGCAUGAAAAGGCAUUAUUGACAAUGGCCAAGGCAGUAGGGAGGCCAGUUGGCCUCGAUCAACGCACCAAGAGCGUUAUAUACGGAAAUUAUGCUCGUGUUCUGGUGGAGAUGGAAGUGGGGGUUCCAAGGCUGGAGGAAAUCCAAGUUGAACGCAAACAGCCUGGGACUCAAAUGUUGUUUUGGUUCAAGUAG